CUAAGCUUUUGAAUAUGUUUAAAAGCCGCCAAAGGAAUAUAGAUUCAUCGAUAGCAAUUAAUAUUUCGUCUUAUUUCGGUCACACUGACAUGGACAUCAAAACAUUGGAUACGGAACUUGUGGAAAUUCAUCCAAAAACCUCGUAUUUAAGUGCUCAAGAACUAAUUGCGCAUCGUCGCACGGAGUUUGAAGCUCUGAGUGGAGGUUUAAAACGUACAGAAAAUUAAGGAACUGAAUUGGAACUUGAGGAGCUUAAACAAGCCCAAGAUCAUUUAAGAGCUCAAUUAUCAGUGCCCCGCAUAGAAAGAUAUGGAGGAAGAGCUCUUGCCACUUGGAAUGAGGAGCAACAAGUGGCAGAACUCAUACGAAAGGAUGGGAAAUUCGAAAAUUUCGGAUAUAGUGAACAUGGAAAGCUCUAUUUGGAAUACUACGAGGCCUUGUUCCUACUGGAACUGCUUAUGUGCUCCUUCUCGGAAAAUUAGUAAGCGAAAAGUUCGGCCAUUUUUUGUACACAGUUUCAAUAUAACUAAUAAUUAUUUACCAAAAAAACGGAAACCUUAAAAAGAAGAAAGUAGCUUUUGACAUGAAUGUUUAGGACGUGUUUUGAUUAAAAUAAUAAAAUAAAUAUGGAUAUUCCUAUUAUUUGGAUGAUGGGCGGUCCGGGAAGCGGCAAAGGAACUCAGACUCAGAAAAUAGUACAAAAGUAUGGAUACACGCAUAUUGACCCCGUCGAAUUGAUGGAUUAUGAGAUGUCAGCAAAGACCAAAAUUGGAGAAAAAUUCGCAGAUAUACAAGCAACCGGAAACGCAGUUCCCCUAUUAGAAAUUAUACCUUUGAUCGAACAACAAAUGAUAACCCAACGAAAUAAUAAGGGUUUUGUAAUUGAUGGAUACCCUGCUAAUUUGGAGGAGGCUGAAAUAUUAGAGGACAAGCUCGGUUCGCCCAGCAUAAUCAUUGCCUUGGAAAUGGAAGAGGAAGUCGGCAAUCAACGCAGUUCCCAAUCUUCCACUGCAUCACGUCCCAGGUAUCCAGCGUACGUAAAUGCUUCGAGGCCUGUAAUAGAAAGAUAUGCAGACAUUACCCUGAUCGUUAAUGGCGACCAAGAACCUGAUAAAGUGUUCGAAGAAAUUCAGGCUAGCAUGAACCACUUUGUUCGUCAUAGGUCAAAAUUGUCAAUCGCUCGCUAGAUGAUUACUUAUGAUGGGUGUUAUAUAAAAACCGAAUUUGAACUAUUACAAAACAAAAACUGCGCUUAUCGGUAAAGUAAAAAUAUGUUAAAUCUUUAAAAAAAAACCACCCCAAAAAUGCAAAUCUACAGAAAUUUCAAGUCAUGAAAGCAAAAAAAGCAAAAAGAUUCUUUUCCAAAAGAUGGUACCUUGUUUUAUGGCAAAAUGAACCACCUCAGAA